UUGUGAUAGGUGUUUCGCGGAAAGAACUAUUUUUGCGCUAAUCGCAAUCAUCUAAUUUCUGAAUUGAAGUAAUAUUGUUGAUUUCGUGCUCGGAUUGCGUUAUUUCAAGAAAUUGGUCUUUUGAAUGUAAUAUUGGUAAAGUGUUGUUGUUGAAAUAACAAAAGUUGUGGCAUUGGAGGAAAAGCAACAAAGCGAACGGUAAAUGUGAAGCGAAUAUCACAAAUCAGCGUUCUGUGAAACUCAAUAAAACGGCUUUAUGUUACUCAUUUUUUCUGCUGGCUAGUGAUUCAGCUCUGCAGACGAUUCAAUUAGUUUCAUGAGUGCAAAGGCUAAUCAAUAUGUGAAAGUGAAACCUGAUUCAGUGUCAUCAGGACCGUGAAGAUGUUUAGAUGAAUCCGUAUGUUAUUGUGCGUGUAUGGUAGCAUAUCGCUAAGGGUUUCCUUACAAAUAAAAUAAGGAAACAUCAAAGCAAUAAAACUCGCAUGCAUUAAAGUUCCUGAUAGUUAAGCGGAUACAAGAAUCUUAAAAUCGGAUGAUACUCUUUUUGCGGUACUGGCGGUUUUGUGUACAAGCGGAAACUGUCCUUUUACUGGGAAAAAUGAUGACCUUAACCUAGGAGAAUACUCCAUUCAUAAACAUCCCGAGAUAAUAUUAAAUCGGAACUAAUCAUCAAAACAUAAAAUGGAAACCCUCUACACCGGCCACAUACAUGGAUUUCCUCCCACGGCUAACAUAUCUUAUGGUUCCCUUAGCACCGCAUGGGGCUCUCAAGGGGGUUUGAUUGCUCUAGGUGUUGUAUUAGGCAGUUCAGUUAGUCUUGUUGGACUGGCUUUUGCGUUCAUCACUUAUAGCCUUUUUUCGGAUUUGAAAUCACUAGCAGGAACUGCUCUUUUAAGCCUGUUGGCUUCUCUAUUCAUGAGUCAGCUGUUGUUCGUCAUUGGGGUAGGUGGUGUACAGGACCCAGAGUUAUGCCUAUCACUAUCACUGGCGUUGCUGUUCAUGAAGUUGGCAUCCCUGUGUUGGCUGUGCUGCUGUUGUCAUCAUGCGCUUGCUAUGUUCCGAUCCAAUACCAAUCUUAAUCCCUACCCAGAACCCAGCAUGGGAAAAGUACUCGCGAACUACAGUAUUAUAUCUUGGGGGUUUCCAUUGCUGAUGCUUGGAGUUGCAGCAGCUUUCAAAUAUAAGGAAAGAGAUAUAAAAAUAAGUGGUGCUCAAGUCAUAGCGCAAAUUGUCCACGAAUUAAACGGUGAUGAUCAUUGCUGGCUGAUGGAGGGGUCGGCUUACAUAUGGGGCUUUCUCGUACCGUCGAUUGCACUGCUGUUCUGUGGUUUCUAUCUAGCCUGCCAGGGGGGAGGUGCCAUCAAAAUUGCAGCAGCCUUGCAAGUAGAUUCCCGCGCAAAAAAUAAGCUUGUCAAGAAACGAGGAUUGCAAAUAGGACUCUUCUUUAAGAUUCUUAUAGUACUAUCUACAGUUGUUGGUCUUGGCACUAUAGCCUCAAUUUGGAAUGUGGUUGAACUUUGGUCAAUAUAUAGCAUAGCGCAAGGAGUACAGGGACUGGUGAUAGCAUUGUUGGUGUCGUGUAACUGUAAGGUGUUGAAACUUUAUUCGGCCCCAAGAAGCAGCAAAACACGAAGAGGAAAUUAUCGAAACUUAAAGGAUGGCGACGGUGGACGCUAUGGUGUACUAUCGAUUGCAAAUCCUAACUACGAGGACAAAACUCACAUUGCACCCGAUGAAAGUAGCACGUGUCUUACGAAACUGUCUUACAAGGAAAGAAGUUUUGUGGAGCGUAUAGACAAUGUACCGACUUCCCUCGAUUGCUCGUUCAACGGGGAGCUAUCCACUUCACUAUCAAUUGAUGAAUUACCAAGGAAACCGUUACCAAUACCUGUUUAGAACAUUUGCAGACUAGAAGGUAAACAUAUCUUUCAGCAGAUAUUGACUAUUGUAUUUAUUGUAGGACUACUUAUGAAAAUGCACUAAAGAAUAGGGCUAAGCAUAUUGCAGAACGUAAGGUCAGGACAAUAAGGCAUAAGGGGGAACAGGAGAAAUAAGCAAACCGUAUAAAAAAGUCCUAUAUCAAACCAUUAAAUUAUCCAUAUCAUCGGCAGCAUAUUGCGGCCAAAUAAGUGUUUUUUAGAAUAUUGGAUCGGUUUAUUGGCAUUAGAUAAUCAGUAGUAGCAAAGAUCAUUAGAAAAGAAUGUUUAUUUAUAUUGUCGUAAUCGAUUAGCCUCACUUGAAAUCCAUCCGGGGUAGCAGUCGAAUGAUAUUAAAGGAAAAGGAAACAGCAUAUCGGAACUACUAUUGUUUUUAACUUGAACAUUUGAAUGCCAUUUGUUAACCACAUUCUAUGUGUUUCAAGUAUUUCAGCACUUAAUUCCGAAAAUGCGUGAUUUA